AUGGCCCCCUCCGCCAUGGCCCUGGCACUGUGCGUGGCACUGCGCGUGGCACUGCUCCUCGCCCAGCAGACAGAUGGUGAGCAGCUGGCGAGCCCCACGGAUGUGCGCUUUGCUGCCGAGAUAGCGCAUCACCUGCUGCAGUGGAAGCCGGGACACGACACCCCCAGAGGUGUCCUCUACGAAGUGGAGCACAAAGUCUAUGGCACGAACUUCUCCUGGACAGCCAUCCCAAAGUGCAUGAAGAUCUCGGAGCAGUCCUGCGACCUCACGUACUACACCCUGGAUCCUUCCCUGCGCUACUACGCACGGGUCAGGGCCGUGUUUGGAAACCACACGUCCCUGUGGCAAAGGACCAAUUCUUUCUCCCCGCAAGAAGCCAGCCUGCGCCUCUCGGGCCAGAGCCUCUCCGUGACGGGCAACACCAUCCACGUGCAGCUGCAGCUGCUCCUCAGGGCGGGGAACCGCACCGUGAGAUACGACGACAUACAGAAGCAUGCGAGGCGAUACUGGGUGUAUGUCAGGAGGGCUCAGGACAAUCGGACGUACGAAGUGGCGAAGACCACCCCGGAGUUCAACAUUAGCAACCUCUUCUGGGACACGGAGUACUGCAUCAGCGUGGAGCCCGACGUGGCCAGCCGGCGCACCCACGCCACGCGCACCACCGAGCAGUGCGUCACCAUCGGCGAGAGAGACAUGAGCGCAGAGCUCGUCCUGAGCAUUGGCAGCUCCUCCUUCAUCACCCUGUUGUUCUUGGGCCUCCUGGGAGUUCUGCUGGUGUGCACCUACAUAAAGAAACCCAUGAGGCCGCCGUCCGUCCUGAAGUCUUUCAUAAAGCAGAGCUCGCUCUGGGUGGAGCAGGAGUCCUCGUCCUCGGGCAGCCCGGACACAGACCCCGUCCAGCAGCUGUUCCUGUGCCAGAAGGAGACCCAGCCGGACAGUGGCCCCGACGGCAGCACCCGCACAGCCCCACCACCCCCGGAGAAGGGCUGGAGCCUCCCCAUGUGGCUUGAAGACCGCGUGUCCCUGCUGGGGCGGGGGGCCAUGGGGAGCGCCGACAGCAGCUGCGCCAGCACCGACAGCGGCAUUUGCCUGCACACCUCCUCCUCCUCCUCCUCUGAGCUGAGCUGCUCCUCCAGCCCCGAGCCCCAGGGCUACAAGCGGCAGCUGCCCACCGGCGACGACAGUGGCGUGGGCUUGGAGAGCACCUGCCCUCGCCCCACGUGCCCCUCCGGCAGCGGGACCGCCAGCCCGGCAGAAGCCAGGCAGCCCUGCGGAGGGGAGCUCGGCCUCUCCCCCGCCGCUGGCCAGGACAGCCAGCAAGAUGUGGAGCACCGUGGGUACCUGCAGCAGUCCAAGGGCACGGUGGAGCCCAGGCAGGACACAGCCAAGGGGGUGCCCUUCUCGGGCUGUGCAGGAUCCCCGCAGGGCCUGGGCAGCACCGACAUUGUGCUGGAUGUGGAGUGCUCCGAGCUGGCUCUGGCCAAAGGGUAUUUGAAGCAGUCCUCUCCCGAGCAGCCCCACAGCCACGCACAGGACCUUGCUCCGCGGGGGGCCCCUCAGGAGCCCACUACCUGGGACUUUUCCAGCCAUCUGGGGCCCCGAGCCCCCGCCCUGCUGAGCUAUGGGGUGCCGGGUGCUCCCUUGGCCUCCAAAGCCAGCCCCGAGCUCCUGAAAGCUCCCUUCAACCUGAGCAUCUUCAACACUGACCUCCUGGGGACGCUGCCCCUCGUCUCCAGCCUUGGCACCAAUGAGUGGCUCACGCUGCAAAUCAACCCCCUGAGCCUGCUCAACGGGGACAGCAAGGACAGCCGCCUGUGA